AUGGAUGAAGGGGAUGAUGAACCUCAAGAGUUGAUUAAAAUAACUCAUGACAAGCUGUCAGCAGAUGAAGUUUCUCAGUUGGUAGUUUCACCAUACUGUGGUGCUAUUUCAAUAUUUAUUGGAACUACAAGAAACAGUUUUGAAGGGAAAAAAGUGAUUCGCUUGGAGUAUGAAGCCUAUACGCCAAUGGCAGAAAUGGAAAUCAAGAAGAUUUUCUCAGAAAUUAGAAAAACAUGGCCAACUGUUAAACAUCUAGCUGUGCACCAUAGACUUGGCUUGGUUCCAGUAACUGAAGCAAGUGUCAUUAUUGCGGUCUCCUCUCCACACAGAAGUGACUCUUUGGAUGCUGUUAAAUAUUGUAUAAACACUUUAAAAGCUAGAGUGCCUAUUUGGAAAAAGGAGAUAUACGAGGAAGAAACGUACGCAUGGAAAGAAAAUAAAGAAUGUUUUUGGAAAGAAGAAAAAAUCUAAAUAAAAUAAUUUAAUGUUUUUUUAUGUUUGAUUUAUGUUACUUUCGUAACAUAUGCAAGUAGUACUAAUUUUUUUAUCUUCAUACAGAUGAUAAAGGCCACAUCUCUGUGCUAUACUGAUUUUGUUUUUGUUUUGUUUGUUUUUUUUACACAACUCCAUGUUGAAUUGGUCUUUAUACAUCCCUGUGUUGUAUUGAUUUAUUAGUAUCAUUUUUUAUAAUUUUGCCAAAGAUAAAUCUGAUUAUGAUUCUAAAACCUAAUAAGUUUCCUAAAAGUGAAUACAAA